GGUUGUAGAAAUGCGGCUGUUUUCCUCGCGUCAUGUUUCGCGGUGGUUCCGUGUGGUUGGGCAUCACGCGUGUGAAGGACACACAGCUCGGGCUGAACCAUCCCCCACCGGCGGAGAGUGCGCGAGCACAUCGCUGCGCACAUCGUGAUCCGGUGGAUGCGGAGGGACAUGCGCGCGGGGUCACCUUCUGUCACUGCAACGAGACAACCGCACGGAGCUCGUCCGUCAUUUUCGUGCUUGAGGAAGUCCGCUUUUCUGCAGACGUGCACAGUAUUGCCUCACAUCACCCAGCACCAUGUCUGGCUCUUACGAUGAAUCCGCUGUUGCUGAUGAGGCCAUGGACAGCUUUUGGGAGGUGGGAAAUUAUAAGCGCGCUGUGAAGAGAACUGACGACGGUCAUCGACUCUGCAAUGAUCUGAUGAGCUGUCUUCAGGAGCGUGCCAAGAUCGAAAAGUCCUACAGCCAGCAGCUCACCGAAUGGUCCAAAAGGUGGAGGCAACUGAUCGAGAAAGGGCCUCAGUACGGCUCUGUGGAGCGGGCCUGGUUAGCCAUGAUGACAGAGGCCGAUAAGGUGAGUGAACUUCAUCAGGAGGUGAAGAACGGUCUGAUGAACGAGGACGUGGAGAAGGUGAAGAACUGGCAGAAAGACUCCUACCACAGACAGAUAAUCGGUGGCUUCAAGGAAACCAAAGAGGCAGAGGAGGGCUUCAAGAAAGCCCAGAAACCCUGGGCCAAGAAACUCAAAGAGAUGGAGACGGCGAAGAAGACCUAUCACAUGGCAUGUAAAGAGGAGAAACUGGCUGCAGCGCGUGAGGCAGAUGCGUCCGCGACUCCCGACCAGCAGAAGAAGCUCCACGAGAAGACUGAGAAAUGCAAACAGGACGUGCAGAAGGCGAAGGAGAAGUACGAGAAGUCUCUGGAUGAGUUGUCGAAGUGCACACCUCAGUACAUGGAGUCCAUGGAGCUGGUGUUUGACCAAUGCCAGCAGCACGAGGUCAAGCGCCUCACCUUCCUCAAAGAGGUCCUCCUGGACAUCAAACGUCACCUAAACCUCACCGAGAACCAAAACUAUUCGUCCGUGUACCGUGAGUUUGAACGCACCAUUCUGGCCGCCAACACACAAGAGGAUCUCAAGUGGUUCAGUAAUAAUCACGGUCCUGGCAUGCAUAUGAACUGGCCCCAGUUUGAGGAAUAUAACCCAGAAGCCACCAAUGCUGUUGCCAAGAGAGAAAAGAAGAAGCCAGAUGGAGUCGCUCCUGCUACUCCGAACACAGAGCAUGCAGGUCAACCAGGAGACCGCGGCAGUGUGAGCAGCUAUGAGAAGAACCAGGCGUACUCCACUGAAUGGUCAGAUGACGAGCAGCCCGCGGGGUACUCGGGGAACGAGACCAACGGCGGAGCGAACUCUUUCGAGGAAGACUCCAGCAGCAGAGGAGGAGUGCGGGUGCGAGCCCUCUACGACUACGAAGGCCAGGAGCAGGAUGAGCUAAGCUUCAAAGCAGGUGAUGAGUUAACAAAGAUCGAAGAGGAAGAUGACCAGGGCUGGUGCAGGGGGCGUCUGGACAGUGGCCAGACAGGCUUAUACCCGGCCAACUACGUUGAGGAAAUCUGAUCACCCGACUGGAGGACAACACACGUUUGAAGGCAGCUCUGAUUGUCCGAUCGAUCGACACGGCAGAAAAUGCCAAAGACUUAACGUGAACGACUUUCCCUGAAGAUGUGCAAUGCAGUCUUGUUUAAAAUCCAAAAAUCUUAGUAAAGAAAACCACACUGUAUAUAUUGAUCGUAUCUGGGAGGAGAGGAAGAGCUUGCUCACUACUAAUAUCUAUUUGCAAAUAUUUAAAAAGUAUAUACAUACAUACAAACGAACAAAUAAAUGACCCGUCAGUUAUGCAAGUACAGGCUACACACAUUAUAUGUGCAGAUUAAAUGUUAUUUGAAAUUCUAUUACUGACAUUAGCAUAAUAUCCAGCUGAACAGAUAUCCAUGUGGCCACGCUGCUGUAUUUGAGUUCAAAGUUCAUCAAAUGGAGUCAGUGUGCAGUUAUGGGGUACUCGUCCAGUGUCACGUGUUAAACAGAAAAUGACUCACAACGGGCUAUUCGGUUUUUCUCUUACUCUCACCACCGGUCUAUGCCUCGUUGCGCUGAUUGUUAUAUUAGGUAUCGUUCUCUUGAUGUCUGUGUCUUUAUGCAUAGCAGCAUGUGCUAUGGAGCAUGUAGCCGUUGAUUCCUCAGGCCAUCUGUACUGUAUACAGUUCCCACAGUGACCACAGAGGGCAGCAGACUCAUGUUAACCUCUCACCUGGAAGUGAAGGCAGUCUCAGGCUAUGUUCAGAACAGAAUACUACCUAAGCAGCAGUAUGGACACCGCAGACUAUUAUUGAAGAUAGCAUGUGAACAGAAUCAUGCAAUAGACCUCCGUCAGGGUAGUGUAUUUAAACCGAGGCUGUGAGGGACUCAAAGUACAGUGUGUUCAAUGGAUUGAUUUGGUGUUUAACAACAUGUUUACGAGAAACAUUCAGUAGACAAAACUUCAAAGUGUUUUGAAAGUUGUGAUUUGGCAAAAUGACAUGAUCUAGGACCUUUAUACAGUGUGUGUCACUGUAAAGACUGUACGUCUAUCCCUCACAGCUUCGUUAAACUCAGCGUGGUGUCUAACCUGGCUAAGAUCUAUUAUUGCAUGCAAGUGGCAUCCAGGUAUCAUGACAUAAUACAAUCAGACACUUCAAUUGAAUUAUUCAAAGCUGUGGUUUUCAUUCAUCAAGCUGCACAUUGCAUAACGGGGUCCGUGCUAUGUUGUAAAUAAACGAAAUCAUCCAGGUAUUCCGUGCAUUUAUGAACUUUGUGUACUUUACCCAGUAUGCAUAUGAUAAGCAAGCAUGAUGUUCUGAACAUAGCCCAAAAUGUCUAACUGGUUGAUCAUUGUCAUCUCUUGUUCUCAAAAUCAUGUUAAAGAAGGUCUUGUACAAGCAUUAUCUAUAUUUGGCAUCUGUUCAUGGUCACCUCUUGAUACCAAAUAAGGUUCUUCAGAUGGACAUGAAUGUUUCCUGUGCUUUAUUUGGGCUAAAUCCAUCAGUGAAUUUCACACCUGUACAUCCACACGCAUCGAGCUCAGAAGCUACUGUUAUCUAUAUUCACAACUGAUUCUGUGUAGUUUCAUGGCCUGUUAACUAAGAGCGUAUAAAAAUCUUUCUGAAAUACUAACUAAAAUAAAAGCUGAAACAUGGUGCCAAACUAUGAUUUGCAGGCAACAUACUGAUCAGUGAGCCAAAAAGUAUUUGGACACUUUAAGGGAUAGUUCACCCAUUCAUUUACUCUCCCUCAAGUUAUUGCAAACCCUUUGUUUCUUUCUUCUGUUGAAUGCAAAAAAGAGCACAUUUUGAAGGACAUGUAUAACCAAACAAUUAACAGUAGCUACUGACUUCCAUAGGCAUCAUAGUCAACUGUUUGGUUACACACAUCCUUCAAAGUAUCUUAUGUUUGGAACAACUUGAUGGAGAGUAAAUGAUGACAGUUUCCAUUUUUAUAUUAAAAUAUGUAUCAAUCCUAGCACAAGCACACUUUUCAAGCAUACAUUUCACAAAAAGUAGUUAUAGGUUUGUCGGCUAGAUGGUUAAAACCGUGUGCAGGAUUUUUAUUUAAGUGGGACUCAAGUGUCCAAAUACUUUUUGGGAGCCCUUUGUUUUUAUUCCUCUCACUGCUGAAGUCUGAUAUGAUGGUAAGCUAUGAUUCUGAUAAUACAAGCCGUGCUUCUCACGUGCCUGUUAUUCAAGUUUGUUUCCAGGUGGCAUCACUCAAAAGAAACUGUGAAUAUAUGGAUGUGCAUCGCUCAUGGAGUUUAGUAUGGGAGUGAAAAAUGAAUAAUACAUUCAGAGGAAAGAUCCCCCAGCACCUUUGUGAUUUGUCUAAAACUGUUCAGUCUAGAAAAAAAGAAAAGCGAGAAAAAAAAAGACCUCGGAUUGUUAAAAUAUUCUGUAAAAUGUACACAAAAAGAAGUACGAAGGGUACACAUAUCGGGCUUGUGGUAUUGGGGAGUAUCCUCUUCAUUAUAAUCAGUGUGUAUGAGUUGUUUAUGUAUAGAAAAUAAUAGUGUUAUUGUAAAUGUUGGGUAACUACAGAUCAACGCUUUGAAAAAAUAACACUGUAAUGCUCUAUAGGUACCAUAUUGUAUUAAUUUGGUUUUGACUGCGAUGAAAUCACUAUGUACCAUACCUGUAUAAAUGCGUGUGGGUCCACGCCGUCAUAUUUGUAUAUGAUGAUGUAAUUUAUUAAGAUUAUAUUCUACCGUAACUGUACAACUGUGUUGAGUAGAAACAAACACCUAAGUUGAGAGAGUAAAGAGCGUGUAAUGUAAAUGCUAUUUUUAAUGUUUAUUUGUACUUUAUGCAAAUGAAGGGAUGAAGGUUUAUGUUGUGAAUGUUUCUCUUGCAGUGUAGAGGAUGUGUGUGUGUGUGUGUGUGUGUGUUCAUAGUUAGUUGAUGUAGAUCGACCUCCUUGCUGGUGUAGUGCCUCCUCAUCCAUAACAUAAUGUUCAUUUAUAUAUGCAUAAAGUUAAUGAUGAUGAACAUGAUCAAAACAAUGUCAAAAACCUGAUUUGAAGUUUUUGUGCUAAUGUCAAUAUUGCAAUUUUAGUUUUUGAACGAGAAAACAUGUUCGUUGAGAAAAAAACUUGCAAAAUGUGUGCCCCAUUUUUUUUGUGUGUGUAUGAAAUCGUCACAUUGAGAAGUUUAAAUUAGUUUCUUCUUUUAGCAAAAUACUUGAUAUGCUUUCAGUUGUAUUUUUUAACAGUUCAUUUGGAAAGCUUCAUAUUAGUGUAAAGCACCUAAUUAGAAAUUAUUGCACAACAUUUGCACUUUUCACAAUGCACAUCGUCCCAAAGCAGCUUUAUAGACAGAUGUUUUCUUAGGAAGACGACACUGGGAGGAACCAAGACUCUGUCAAGGAAAGGUUGUUUCACAGUGGAUUACUGUAUAUUUGAGAUACUUCAUCAAGACGUAUUUCUUAAAAAUCUAAUCCAUGAAGUAAAUAAUGGAAAGUUAGUAGGGACCUGUAUCGGAUGAGCUACAGGAACAGAAAAAACUGGGAUGGCAAAUGUCCAUGAACCACAUAAUACAUAAAAUAAACACUUAAUAAUUGGUUACUGUAAGCUGAAAACCAUCAUCAGCAGGAAGUGGAUGAUCAUUCUGGGUCAUCUUUUGUAUUAAUUUGAUGCUGGCUUGCUCUCUCCGACCUUGUAAAUCAGGUCAAUCAGUAAAGUAAGGUGCUAGCAAUGCCUGAAUCAUGGGUUCCACCUCAGGUAAUGAACAUGACUUUAAAAUACCAUAUUUUAAAUGCAAUGCUGGUUGCUUUGUCUAAAAGUAAAUAUAAACAUAAAAGCCCUUGAGCAGGUAUCUUCUCCUGAUCAGGUAAUAAUAAUAAUAAAAAUAAUAAUAGAUACAUGUGUUCUUUUCUUUUCUUUAAGUCAGCUAUAGGUGGACAUUACAUUUACUUGCAAGACAUGCAAUAUGCCAAGCUUAGGUUAUCAACAUUAAACAGUUAAAUGUGUCACUGUUGCUUCUUGUUUGGAAGGGUGAAAAUAACAGUAUAUUUGUAUCAGUUAUGUUAACAGUUAUUAAAUCAGAUACAGAUAGUGUCAUGCCCCGGACUGGUUUUGUUGUGUUUUCCCUCCCCAUGUGUUCCGUGUACCAGUUAAUUGACUCAUUCCAUGCACCUGUGUUCCCCUGAUUGCCCUGAGUUGAAAAGCUCUGUUCAGUUUGUUUUUGUUGGGUUUACUUAUUGGAUGUUGUGUGUUUCCCGUGUUCCUGUUGUGGAUUUUCCCAUGUGAUUAAAGCAUUAAAGACUGUUGGAC